AAAAAAAAAAAAAAAAAAAAAAGAAAAAAUAAUAAUAAAAAAUAAAAAAGAAGAAGUAUCCCGAUAAGAAGGUACUGGAAUUUUAACCAGUUAUCCUUCCUAUGCGUUAGAUAAAUCUGAGUAAAUUGUUUAUGUGGUUUUCGAACAGAACAAAUGUUCUCCUCGAGAAUCACUCGCGGUUAACUACGACGAGUCCCGUGGAUGUCGUUAGAAAAAUUACGCGGAUACGUGUGCGUCCGCCCGGGAUGGAGCUUUGAGACAUCGUCCUUGUUCCUUUAUUAUAAAAUCAUCGAUUGUGUAAUUGAUUGAGUGGAUAAGACGAUGUUCUCAAUAAACGUGAAGAGAAUCCAGGGCCGCCAAUUCGGUGAAGGAUUUUCGAGGAAAGGUCUUCGUCGAAAAUCUUCAUGAACAGUCUCCUUGAACCGACAAGAAUUCUGUACAAUUACAGAAUAAAUUCAACGAGGUUGUGACCAAGAAACAACAUAUGGGAUCAGCUUAGAUUGCAGUUUAUAAUACUUAACUUUAAUACCUUAAUCGUAGGAACGCGGGUCUCGCGUCUUUUUAAAAAAAAAAGAAUAAAACAAGUUUUCGAAUCCGUGUGACAGCGGCGAUGGCGAAAAACUUAAUAUUUAAUUGCGACAGCGAAAUCGAAAGGUGUUCGCAUUGCUGAUCAGGAAGAAAAAAAGAAAAAAAAAAAAGGCAUAUGCAUGUACACAUUUAUAUUACGACCACGAAAUAUAAGCGAUUGUGAUAUCCGUGCAUAUGAAAAUACAAUUUGCCAGGAUCGUAGAUUAAGAAAAUAAAUUAUGGGACUUUUUUAUGCCAGUUAGUAAGGGAUCGAGUUUGAAUGGUUUUUCAAUCAACGGAUGAUGAUAAAAAGAUAGAGACUUGAUACUUUUUCGUGUUGUAACGAAUGCACGCGCAUUGGGAUUACAUAUGGAUGUAUAUGUUUCGAAUGUUAGGAAGACCAUAGUUGGUUGGCAUACGAAGCGCACGCUGUCUACAGAACACAUAAUAUUUAAGCUCUCGCGUAUAUUUUUCUCAUUUUUUUAUAUGAUACCUUGAAAUUGCAUUCCCUUUUUAAUAUUCACGCACAUUCUACAAAAAUGUAACAAGGAGUGAAUUUUUUUUGUGUGAAAAAAUAUAGAUUUUUUUUUUUUUUUUAUAUUAAGAAUUCUCAUGUCUUUUCUUGGUUUGAUCAAUGGCUCAAUUUCAAUCAUUGCAAUUUCAAGGUAAUCGUUAACAUGAACAAAAUAAAAAACAAAUCUGCGCGAAGUUUUUUAAUUUUUUCAAAAACUAUAGUAAACAAAGUCUAAUGGUAAAUAUAUCAUAUUCAGAUAUUCUUUUGCACACCCAUUGUUACUCACCUUGUAGAUUUUCAGACACAGACCUCUUUAGCAUCCCGGGACGUUGAUCGCUAUACCCACGAUUAAUAAUUGAAAUAUUACACAUAAGAAAACAAUGAUAACGACGCUAGUAUUAAAUUUAUACAUACUUAUUGGACGUGUCAACUCCCAAGCACUUUUGACGAUCUUCUAUUUCCGUGUUUUACACUGUGUUCAUCGUCGCUGAUUGGUGCCUAAAAUCGUUACGUUUGUUGUCAGUGUACAAUGAUAACGAAAUCUCAUUUUCGAAAAUAGAAGAAACGAGAGAGACGUAGAUUUAAAGAGUUAAGAUGUUGCGAGGGAUGUGACACCUCCGUAUAACAUAAAUAUACAUAUAAACUACACGUAUGUAAGUAACUUUUAGAGUAUUUGAGUAAAAAAAGGCAUACAUAGUUGAUAGCGUUUUAUUAAAUGUUGUGAAAAAGUCUCUUGUCUGUCGUGUAAUGUGUUGUCUUAUUAUGUGUGCGUCUUUUUGUUCUUUGUUAUUUCGUCCUUUUAUAUUCAUGAUACCAUCCUUCAAUUCCUUCAUUUGUUACGUUGGAAAUAGUUGGCAAAAACUCAUGUUUUAUGUGAUUCUUUUCUAUGUAUUGUACCUUAAUCCGUAUUACGAUCCUGUCAUAUAAGUCAUGUUAAUUGCAUAAGAUAUCCGGUAAUAUUCACAUAACGUUAUGCAAAAAUAUUCUUUCUACAUUUAAUAUACUUGUUCUUAUUUAUUGCGAUAAUAUGCGAUUAAAAGACACUAACGUGUAUUUAUUAUUAUUCAUAUGAACGAGGUGAGAAGUCUUACGAAAUAUUAGAAAUUAGUAUUAUAGUAAUCUAAAUAUCUACAUAAAUUUUAAUACGUUUUUAUAACGAAAAUUUAAAUAACCCGCUAAAUAAUUCAAAUUAUGUAUCUGAAAUUGUAGAUGCGCGCGCACGCUUAGUUUCAAUAUGGCGUCCAUAGCGGGAAUCCUGUACGUGUCGCGGUGGUGUUUUUUCUCAUUAUUUUUCGAAAUAUAAAUCAUAUUCGAAAGCGCGAAUACACAAACGAUCAGUUUUUAAAACGGUAAUUCAUGUGAUGUUCUACGUGGCAAACUAAUUUGAUUCUAAAUGACUCGUUUCUUCUUCCUGUUCGUAUGUCGCGAGGAGUGGGGACGACGCGAUGGAAGGGAAAGCACUAGUAGUUCUUGAGUUGAGUGCCUCUGGAAGUAAGCGCUUGCCCGUGAGCCUGUACGGUAGUUCGAUUGGUGCGGUGAAUUUAUUAUUCGACUUUUUUUCUUCUUGUUCGAUCGUUGAAACGCGAAAAUAAGAGAUCGAGUUAGAUUCGAUGUGUGGUGCGAGAUUCGUGUUCAUGGCGUAGUUCAAAAAUUCGCGACGCUUUCGUGAGAACAGUUAACACGACGGCGUGCUAGUGUCGUUGACGUUUCGUGUGUCAGUGUCCUCUCUCUUUGUUUCUCUCUCUUACGCUUGCCCUUUCUCGAUUCGGUCUUUUUCUAUCUCGUCCCUUCUAUAUACGUUAACCAUUGUAUCACAAGUCGCGUCGUUGCUGCAAUGUCAGAUGACAGGUGUGAGGCGCUAUCAUUAGUGUAUAUUAACGAGUCCUUCGAGUGUCCUGCGAAUUUAGGAUAUGCUGCAGAAUGACGAGUGCAAGGUUGUUCUACCGGAAGGGCGGCGAAGAGGACCGAAGACGACGACCACGACGACGAUCUCGAAUUCCCUCGCGCUAGCGGUGGGCUAUGAGCGCUGACAAUGGGGACGACUCCUUGCCCACGUGGCGUUUAUGGGGCGAGGAAAGGGGCGAUGGCGUCAUAUACACGGUGUACCUGAAGAAGGUCCGAUAUCACAGGCCGACCAGGAGCCUCUCCGCAUCGGAUUCGGACGACGAGAUCUCGCAUUUGGAAUGGGAGACGGUGAGGGUGCGUUUCCUGAAAGCCGGCACGGUGCAGCGGCUGGUGGAAAGUCUGGCGAACGACGACGGGGAACUCGAGUCGACGUAUAUCAAUGUCUUCUUGGCGACGUAUCGAGCAUUCACCACGCCGCGGGAAGUGCUGGAGCUAUUGUUGUCGAGGUACGAUGCCCUCGAUGAAGGAUCCGGUGCGCUGACAGGCGAACAACAUCGAAAGACUCUGGUUCAGGCUCUUCACGUCUGGUUGGACGCCUAUCCUGGCGACUGGAAGUCGCCUCCGAACCACCCCUUGCUCAGCCGAGUCCUCGACUUCACGCAUCGACGACUUCCUGGCUCGGAACUCGAGCUCAAGGCAAGGCAUCGUUUGCACAGGUUUCAGCGUGAAGAUCAAAUAGAUUCGUGCAUAGUGUACGACAAUGGUCGAUUAACCCGUGGUUCCCCGGAUCCAAUCGUGGAUCAUUGGGCGAGCUACAAUUUCCCCGAGGUUCCGCACCGACAUUUCGCCGAGCAGUUGACCAGAAUGGACGCCGAAGUGUUCAAGAAGCUCGUGGCCCACCAAUGUUUGGGCGCCGUCUGGUCGAGAAGGGAUCGUUCGAGGAGCCAUGACGCGGCCACCGUAUUGGCGACCGUGAAUCAAUUCAACGCCGUUUCCCUUCGGGUCAUAUCCACCAUACUGAUGGACUCGUCGACCAAGCCUCAAGAACGCGCGAGGAUCCUCGAGACGUGGAUCGACAUUGCUCAAGAGUUGCGGGUGUUGAAGAAUUUCAGUAGCCUGAAGGCUAUCGUGUCCGGUCUUCAGAGCAACCCUGUCUACAGGUUGGAGAAGUGUUGGCAGUGUAUGCCCAGGGAGAAGCACGAGCUGUUCAGAGAGUUGGAGAGAAUUUUCUCGGAGGAGAACAACGCGUGGACCCAACGAGAGCUUUUAAUCAAAGAGGGCACUGCCAAGUUCGCGGACACGGCGGGCAGGAGCGACAGACACCUGCAAAAGUUGUUUCAAAAGCAAAAUACUCACGCGGGCAAUAUCAGUUAUGGGACGAUACCGUAUCUAGGCACGUUCUUGACGGAUCUCACCAUGAUAGACACCGCGAUACCUGACACGAUAGCGGAGGGUCUAAUCAACUUCGAUAAAAGGCGGAAAGAAUUCGAGGUCCUCGCUAGGAUAAGAUUGCUUCAGGGUGCCGCGAAUGCGUACAAUUUCAGCACGGAUCCGUUGUUCGAUCGUUGGUUCCACUCCGUGGUUGUGCUCGAUGAUCGAGAAGCGUAUAAACUGAGUUGUCAGAUCGAGCCGCCACCACCCGGAAACACUUUGAGCAAUCGUGGCAAGAAGAAGCAGAGUCAUCAGGGUCAUCGUAAAAACGACUCGAUAGCCUCCACGUCGAGCUCGAGUAGCUCCCAGUUUUAUUGCGAUCUGGAUUCCUUGCCGAGCUCGCCCCACAACUCUCUCGAUCGGCGCACGUCGCCAUCCCAGAUGUCCAGCUCUUCGUCCAGCUCGUCCUUGCCAUCGUUGGACGUGUCGUUGAGCUCCGGCGGGGGAAGCGGAGCGACGAAUCAACAGAACCGAUUAGCACCCCCGACUGCCAUCACAGCCAACGGGAACAGCCCUAAUGUCGUUGGCCUGUCCAGCCCGAGUCAUUCGCACAAGAGUUCGCCGGAUUUUUACAUAAUAAAAGUGACGAUGGAGAGCGAUAACGUGGAGACCGAGGGUGUGGUGCUGUACAAAUCCAUCAUGCUCUCGAAUAACGAGAGGACGCCGCAAGUGAUACGUAACGCUAUGCUUAAGUUGGGGAUAGAGGGGAGCCCGGACCAGUACACCCUUGCCCAGGUUUUACCCGAUCGUGAAAUGCUUUUGCCAAAUUCGGCGAACGUUUAUUACGCCGUAAAUACCGCACACAAUCUGAACUUCAUUCUACGACCUAGAAGGGAGCCUAACGACAGCGCCACGGAAAGCCCUAAGAGCAAGACGAGUCACAAGCGGUAGUGUCGAGUGUUAAGAGGUUAGGAUGUUAUAUUUCGUAAUUGAUAUUGGAUUCGUAAUUAAUAUUUCACCGUGUUGCGUUGGGCGGAAGCGAUGUCGGCCUCAAUUAUUUACUCGUGAUUUAUUUAUUCUUCUCUGCGCUCUUCUCUUCUCGCGGGAGAACAACUCGAGUCGAGAAUCUCAAGAAAGAAUCUCGUUAGGUUUGCGAUGAUUUUCUUUCUUUUUUUUUUUUUUUUUUUUUUUU